UUCAACCCUAACCCAGAGUCCAACUCUAGGCCCGAAUAUAACUUUUUAUCUUUAUUUGAAAGAGUUAUACGAUUAGAAGAACAAAACAAACAAUUAGAAAAGAGAGUAAGGGAUUUAGAAGAAAAGGCUGACCGAAAAAAACGUAAAAUUUACGUGGUCGAUUAG